GGAUCUGUAUGUGAUCAGCUUGUGUAUAUACUAUAUGGUAGGCCGUUGCUGAUAACUCACCUUCCUGGCUUCCUAGCUUGAUCUGAGCCAUUGAAGGAUGCUGAAUUUUUUUGUAAUAAAUAACUUGAAAAUUAGACUAUAUCUCUUAGAUAUGAAACAUAUAUAUGAUCUGGUAUCUUUGACUAUAUCAUUAGAGAUUCAUUGUUUGAUUUCACACCAAAACAAGCUAUUAAAUUAAUUGAAACCAGGACAAAGAGAUUCACCAACAGGAGUAUAAAUACCGGGCCUUGUGAUUUGCCAUUCUUCCCAUCCAGAAAAGCCAGGGUCCACUGCUCCUCUCGUACUCAACAACCCUCACACCCCCCAUGGAUCCCAUGUUCAGUAGCGAGUGGAGUGUCUCCGAGAUCAAGAUGGCAAAAUCACUCAUCGCUAGCCGCAACACCAGCAGCAACUUAGCUAGCGACGACGACGCAAGCAACAAGAAGCACAGCGACAUCGUGGACGAGCUCCAAGCAAGGUUCCCAUGGAAGGGCAAGCACGAGGUAAUUGGCUUGUAUGUUGACCUCACGAUGGAGAUGAUAAAUACACCGCCUGAGGUGGGAGAUGACGGACUUGUGUUGGACGACGACAAUUUUGGGAUGCCAGUGGAGGAACAACCACAGAUGAAAUACACUGGGAGGUUUUGGACCAGGGAGGAGCACAGGAAUUUCCUCCGUGGCCUGAACAUGUAUGGUCGUGGUAACUGGAUGUACAUCUCUAGGGACUUCGUCCCCACUAAGACGCCAAUGCAGAUCUAUAGCCAUGCACAGAAGUUCUUCCGUAGGUAGGAGCGCACCUGCAGCUGGAAGCAACGCCAUGAUAUCAAAUGAUAUUGGCCUCUAUGAUAUGCUGAGCCCUAGACAAAUAACGGCUCUUAGUUUAUCUCAAGAUAUUGUCCAUUAUACUAUAAAGAUAUCCUUCCUCGGCAGUGGACGGACAUCAAUAACAUGUACUAGUUGUUAUUUGUCGUUUAGUUUAUCCUAAGAUGCAUAGGGACAUAUAUCCCAUUGAAGACAAUAUAUAUAUAGUUGCUAAGUGCCUAAGUGGUAGUACUGUGUUCUAUAUUGAGAUGCAAAUGAUUUCAUUGUGGUGAACAAUGCAAUGAACUAGUAUCAUCAUGUCUCUA